AUGCCCCCGGCCCCUCGCCGCCCGUCCCUCGCCGCCUCGGCCGGGCCGCUCCGGGGCCGCGCUCGGAGCGCAGCGGGGCCGGGCCGGGGCCGCCGGGGCCGCGUCAGCUCCGCCCCGCGGGAGGAGCCGCCACAGCGCCCCGGCAGCGGCCCCGCGCAGGCGGAGCGGGCCCGGCUGCGCCCGGAGCUGGGCCUGGGAGGGGCUGCGGCCUGUGAGAGCUGCUCCGGGCUCGCUCCGGACACGAGGAGCUGCGACCUGUGCUCGCUUUGUACCCUCAAGGCUGCCGGAUGCCUUGCAGUGAAGCUGGAGUGCCCGGGCUAUUCCGCUCUCUUCUGGUCCUCAGCUGAGUAUUGCUGGCCGCGGGUCUCUGUACGAAUCACGAAACUGACGGGACUGCUGAGGAACGCGCCUGGAGCUAUGACAGAAGCAAGAGCCGUCUCUCCGCUGGCUCCCGCUGCUCCUGGAGAAGAAGCCAGAGAGGAGCGAACUGAGGUGGAUGAGCGCCAGCCUCCAUCAGUGCUCACACCAGGGCCUGGAUAUUCUGAAGCUAUGACAGAACCAAGAGCCGUCUCACCCCUGGCUCCUGCUGCUCCUGGAGAAGAAGCCAGAGAGGAGCGAACUGAGGUGGAUGAGCGCCAGCCUCCACCAUUGGUCACACCAGAGCCUGGAUAUUCUGAUGCUGUGCUUCUAGAGAGAGAGCAGGAGCAGACUGCUUCAUCAGAGAUGCCAUGCCAGACUCAGGGAGAGCUGUUCCCAGCCCGAGAGCAGGAAGAGCAGCUCAGGCAGCAGGUGGAAGUGCCACAGGAGAAAGGCCAGAAGAUCAAGGCAGAGCCACAAGCAGAGCUGCCCGAAGCUCAGAGUCCCAUCAUGGCAGUGAAGAGGAGGAACAAGGAUGACAUGAGAAGAACUCAAGAGGACAAUCUUGAUCAGCAGAGGGGCGAUCAACACAACCAGGUGAGUGAAAGAAUGGCAGGCACUCCAGUCAUGAAACAUCCUCUCACUUGUUUUUUAGAGAACAUGAAGGAACAGCUGAACGCUGAGCUUCUGCUAGCUCACACCAGGAUCAAGGCAUGGGAGAAGAGGCUUCAGGAAGAUAUGAAAAUUAUCAGAGAGACAGCUAAUUGCCUCCCUCAGGCUCUAGAAAAGCAAGUGGCCAUAAAGAAAAUAGAUCUUCAAGGACUGAGGAAGAAGGAACUAAAAGUCAAUGAACUCAUGGUCAUGAAAAUGAAUAGGAAUCUCAACCUUGUCAAGUAUUUAGACAGCUACCUUGUGGGUGAGGAACUCUGGCUGGUGCUGGAGUACAUGGACGGAGGCGCCCUGAGCGAUAUCAUCAGCAGGACCUCCCUGUGUGAAGAUGAGGCAGCAGCCAUCAGUCGGGAGUGCCUGCAAGGACUGGAUUUUCUGCACUCGAACCACGUCAUUCACCAAGAUGUGAAGAGCAGAAACAUCCUUCUCAAAACCGACGGUUCUGUCAAGCUGGCUGACUUUGGCCUCUUUGCUCAGCUCACCCCUGAGCAGAGCAGACGGAGCUCCGUGGCCAGCGCUGCUGGGUGGCUGGCGCCUGAAGUGGUGACAGGCCAACCAUAUGGCCCCAAAGUGGACAUAUGGUCUUUGGGAAUCGUGGGCAUCGAAAUGGUGGAACGAGAAGUUCCUUACUGGAAUGCAACUCCUGUCUUGACUAAAAUCAUGAUAGCCAGGGGAGAGACACCACGGCUGCGACAGCCCAACCGAUUCUCACCUUGCCUGCGUGACUUCCUGAGAUGCUGCCUGCAGAGAGACGAGGAGCAGCGCUGGUCUGCCAGGGAGCUCCUGCAGCAUCCAUUUGUACGUUCAGCCAAGCCAGCAUCCACAUUGGCACCACUCAUCAACUCACUAAAGAAGAAGAAGAAGAAGGAGACAAGAAUGUAA